UGAAGUAGCUCUUCAAAUCGUUCGAAGAACGACUUCCGGGGAAAAUAAACAUGGCUGGGACGAAACCCCUGUCAUUUGGUUUCUCAAAGAAAGCGAACAAAAAGGAGCUUACUAAAUCGAUAGCCGCAGAAAAUGAGAAAGGGGAAGACACAUCAACUGACUUCGUUAUUUCAGUAGACAACAAAAUUAUAAAAGGAACAAAGCCAGAAAAAGAGGAGAAAAAGAAAGAGUACGUGAUUCCACUCAUCAAACGUAUUAAGUGGAGGAAGGGGGAUAACUCUGCUAAAGAGGAUGCUGAUGAGGAGGAAGCUGUGAAGGAGAUUAUUGCAGAUGCUGCCAAAAAGAAUGAGACUUGGGAGGAACAUGGGAAGGUAGACAACUCUGACAUUGCCAUUCCAUUGUUGAUGCAGAAUAAAGUCCCAGAGGGGUUUGAAACAGAUGAGAAACUAGAUGUAUCCCUACGACCAAGUGAGCCAGAAGAAGCUGACUAUGAGGAGGUACCCAUUGAGCACUAUGGUAUGGCCAUGUUACGGGGAAUGGGAUGGAAAGAAGGCGAGGGCAUCGGAAAAAACAAAAAAAAUGUGGUUGCACCUGUUGCUAUACUACGACCUAAGGGUCUUGGGUUAGGUGCUGACCUCUCCGAAGCCAAACAGACACAGUGGAAAGGAGAGAAUAAUCUCAAAGACAAAGAGGAUGAAGCCCUCACCAUGAAAAAGGGAGUUUACUGUGUCCUUACAAAGGGAUCUAAUCGGGACCUCUAUGGAGUGGUAAUUAAACAGAAAAGUUUUAACCGAUAUAAUGUGCAUUUCCUCUAUUUAGGUCUUUCCCAAUCCCAACUAGAAACAGUGAUUCCAAAAUCAGACGGAGCAUUCGUUCUGAUCGUGUCUGGGAAACACAGAGGACAGUUGGGUGAAGUGAUGGAAAGGAACAGGAAGAUGUCCUCUGCUGCUGUGCAGUUGUUGCAGGAUAGAGAUUGUGUUGUGAACAUUGACUUUGAUCAUAUAUGUGAAUUUGUAGGCAACAUUCAUGAACAGUUUGACUACUGAUAACAUGUGUUCAACAUAUUUUUAAUGAUAUUUUUGUAAUAAACUUGUCUCUUAAUA